AAGAUACAAGAGAAGAAUAUACUCCCGAGUCCCCAAUUGCAGGGAAACAUUACCAAUCAAAAAGCAGAACAGUUUAGAGCGAGAAUCACAGUCCCCGUAGGUAGAGAGAGAGAGGCAAUGGGGCAUGGAAGCUCGAAAGAAGAGAAUGGCGCUGCAGAGUCACAGUCGAAAGGAUCACGUCGCGCUCGGCUGAAGCAGCGACUUCACCUUCAUCGACGACGUCGCAGUCGCUCAAAUUCCCCGUCUCAUGGCAAACUCCUGAAUGCUGAAAAUUUCGCCGGAAUCGCUUUGCUCACUCUCGUUCGAGCUGAAAUGAAGUUCAAGGACAAGUGGCUUGCCUGUGUAUCUUUUGGAGAACAGACCUUCCGUACGAAUAUCUCCGAUCAAACUGACAAGCCUGUUUGGAACUCUGAGAAGAAGCUUCUUUUGGAAAAAAAUGGGCCUCAUGUUGCAAGGAUAUCCAUUUAUGAGACGAAUAAAAUGUCCAGAAACAAUCUGAUAGGAUAUUGUGAAAUUGAUCUGCUUGAAUUUCUAACCAGGGAUUCAGAUUCCAACUCCAAUUCUGAGAUAUUGGACCUGUUAGAUCCAUCGACAUCAGACAAAAUUGUUGGAAAAAUUUCUGUUUCAUGCUCUGUUGAGGAUCCAAUUGAAACAGAAAAGAGUUUUGCAAGGCGCAUCUUAUCUAUAGUGGAUUAUAAUGAAGAUGGAAAGCUUUCCUUCUCUGAAUUUUCUGACUUAAUUAAUGCUUUUGGGAAUCAAGUGGCAGCCAACAAGAAAGAGGAGAUGUUUAAAGCUGCUGACAAGAACGGGGAUGGUGUUGUUAGCAUGGAUGAGUUGGCUGCCCUUCUUGCCAUUCAACAAGAAAAGGAACCACUAAUGAAUUGCUGUCCUGUUUGUGGUGAGACUCUUGAAGUUUCUGAUAAGCUGAACUACAUGAUACAUUUGACCCUAUGUUUCGAUGAAGGAACUGGAAAACAGGUCAUGACUGGAGGAUUUUUGACUGAUAAACAAGCUUCUUAUGGGUGGAUGUUUAAACUCAGUGAAUGGGCCCAUGUUUCAUCUUAUGACGUUGGUUUAAAUUCUGGAUCAAGUGCUAACCAUAUUGUGGUAUUUGAUCGGAGGACAAAGAGACUGGUGGAAGAACUAAUAGAUGAAAAGAUUGUGUUGUCAAUGAGAGCCAUUUACCAAUCAAAACUAGGGCUUGGCCUCCUGGAUACAGGGGCAAAGGAUAUCUUGCAGAGCCUCUCUGAAAAGCAGGGGAAGAAAAUGAACUCAGUGGAAUCUGCUAAAGAUAUACCAAAAUUUGUCGAGUUUUUUAAGGAUCAAAUCAAUUUGGCUGAAGUCAAGCACCCUUUGGAACAUUUUAAGACGUUUAAUGAAUUUUUUGUGAGAGAGUUAAAGCCUGGAGCAAGACCCAUUGCCUACAUGGAACGUGAUGAUGUUGCCAUAUCUGCUGCAGAUAGCCGUCUUAUGGCAUUCAAAUCUGUUGAUGAAAGUCUGAGAUUUUGGAUUAAGGGUCGAAAAUUUUCAAUUCAAGGGCUUUUGGGGAAAGAUCAAUGUUCCAAUGCUUUCAUCAAUGGAACAUUGGUAAUAUUUCGUUUGGCACCGCAGGAUUAUCAUCGUUUCCAUUUUCCUGUUUCUGGAACUGUUCAACAGUUUGUACAUAUACCUGGAUGUUUAUAUACGGUUAACCCCAUAGCUGUGAAUAGCAAGUAUUGUAAUGUUUUCACUGAGAAUAAGCGAGUAGUAUCAAUGCUAUCAACUGCUGAAUUUGGAAAGGUGGCUUUUGUUGCCAUUGGUGCAACUAUGGUUGGCAGCAUUACCUUUUCAAAGAAGGAGGGUGACCAUGUUAAGAAAGGAGAAGAGUUUGGCUAUUUCUCAUUUGGUGGAAGCACUGUAAUCUGCGUCUUUGAAAAGGAUGCUAUUGAGAUAGAUGAGGACCUCCUAGCAAAUAGUGCCAGAUCACUAGAGACCUUGGUUACUGUUGGGAUGAAGUUAGGUGUCUCCAAGAAACUAGCCAAUAUUGGGUUGCCAAACAUAGAAAAAUGUGUGUUGCAAGAUUGAGAGAGCUCAUUCUUGUGUUCUAUAUAUACACAAUAUAGUCUUUAUGUGUUAAAGAUGUCCUUAUUUUUAGCAUAGGGCUUGCCAAAACCUAUAUAUAUUCAUGUUAAACUAGGUUUUUCAGCGUAAUCGACAAAUAUUGUAUUAUUAUAAGGAUGAUCUAAUGGAACUAGUUUGAAAUCA